UUUGUUUGGUAGCUACAUACGUCGCUAUAUGUACUACUACAAUGUUAUGUAUAGAACAGUUUAAGAGCACGGGAAACAAUACCUUCCUACGCUAACUCAGCCUCCGAUUCGCGGUAUCACCAACUGGUUUUUUGCUAUAAUACACAAGCGUCUAUUUGUGUAUCGCUUUAUAAAAGCAAGCGGCAUCGGAACAAAAACAUUGUGACUGAGAAGCUUCACAAUGAUGGAGCUCACGUGUGCAUUCAUUUUAAUAUUUGCGAGCUUAGUGUCUGCUACUCCGUAUGGAUACGGUGUCAAAGGCGGUGCAUCCGCGAAAGCGGAAUCAAGCGCCUCUGCUGGAGCCUUUGGAGGCGUAGGCGAUGUACCUGCUCUUCCUCUUGGAGUUGGCUAUUCAGGCAGUUUCUCAAAGUCCUCUGCAUCCAGUUCUUCAUCUUCGAGUGCCAGCUCGAGUUCAAGCUCUAGCUCUUUUAGCUACAGCGGUUCUGGGGCUCCGAGUGCUUUGGGAUUCGGAGCGAACCAUGGAGCUCAAGGCAACGUAGGAUGUGCAUCAGGAAACUGCCAAAACGCUGGUCCACACGGUAUACAUGGCAGCUCUGCUAAUGCUGCAGCUGUAGCGGGUGCCAGCGCUGGCGCGAUAUCAGGAACUGGUUGUCAAGGAGAAGGAAAAGGGUGCGAUCUUGAUUCAAAAAAAUGUCCCACGGGACGUUGCUCACCUAAAAUAGUGACUGGUCUCCCUUCAACUGAUUCUGACGAAACAAAAUGUCCAGGAGGCAACUGUGGAUACGAUACAGAGAAUAGCGCAUCUCCAGACAAUGAUAUCCGUGUUGUCCCGGAUGGAUCAGGGUCCACUUAUAAUUCAGGAGAUAAAACAGCACCUGAGUACAAUAAAGAUGGAAGUGCGUGCAAUUACGGCAAUUGCGGAGCUAAUGCUUCCGGAAAGCAACCUUCAUCCAACACACCGUCGACACAUUUAGAAACUCCUAAAUUAGGUUCAAAAUGUAAUUCUGGAAAUUGUGAAUCUACACCGGACAAAACUGGCCAAGAUACGCCACCAUCUAGUUACAAUGUGCCCAUUCACGGCACAUACGAUAGCGAAGGUGGACAGAAGCCCGCUUGUGAUGGUGUUAAAUGUGAGAAUCAACCGAAAAGAGGAUAUUCUUCUUCACAGACCAAUUCUUUGUCUACAAACUAUCUAAAACCUCAACUUUCCACUGAUCAUUAUGAUACAAAUGGACAGUCAUCGGCCGAUAAACAAAACCCCAAAAAUUGUGGAGGAUCAAACUGUGCUGGAGAACCUGGCCAAAACUUGGGUUCUCCAUCUACAUCUAAGCCCGAUAAUGGUAAUUAUGGAAAUCAUCCGGCUGACUCGCCAUUACAUUCAAACGGUUGUAAGACCCUAAAUUGCAGUCCGUACCCUACAAUUCCAGGCGCUUCAUAUGUGACACCUGGACUCAUUGGUGCGGGACCAACACAUAAUUUGAACCCAUCAGAUAAUAAGCUUCCUGCGUACACAGGAGGAUUCGGAGGCCCUGCUGGACUAUUUAAACCCAAUGAGAAUAACGUUGGUGCUAUCCCAUCAGGCUAUCCGAGCCAUUCACAUCCUAGCUCAUCCCCACAUGUACCCUCAUACGGAAGCUCGUCCGUUGGGUGCAAUGGACCAAACUGUGCAGACAAUUCUUUAACUUCCCCUGGAAAGCCUGCUCAACCAUCAUUUGGUGUUAACCAACCUGCCGAAGUUAGCCAUCCUAGUGAAAAGCUACCGCCGUACACAGGUGGAUUCGGUGGCCCUCCUGGAAUGCUCAAACCGAAUGACUACAAUAUUCAUACUUCAGUCCCAAAUAAUCCAAACUAUGCUCAUCCCACAAGCACAUCAUACAAUAAACAACCAUCGUCAUCGAAUUAUCCUGCUGCAGGUUGCAACACUCCAAACUGCGAUGGACAUUACCCUACGCCGGCAGCGGGCGCUCCAUUCCAUCCUAGCACAGCACCGGGACAGUUUGCAACGACGAAACCUACUGCCGGAUAUAAUUCACCAAACGAAAAGCUGCCAGCCUACACCGGUGGGUUUGGUGCGCCUUCAGGAGUAUUGAAACCAAGUCAAUAUUUCACUCCAACGGCUGGAACAGGCUCAGGAUCCUAUAAUUCGCCUUCAAUAAGUGGACAUGGGGCAGGCUGCAACACGCCAAACUGUUAUCCAGUAACUGGCACUACUGGUGCGACAGGAAAUGCUCAGCCAGACGUCACGAGUGCUAACAAACCUUAUAGUGGCUAUCCUACUGGCGCACCGUCGUAUUCAGGUGGUUAUAAUAAACCAUCUGUGGAAAUAACUCCUCCUGCUGUAUCACCAAGUUACACAAAUAAUCAGUCACCACCUUCGCCUGGUAGUUACACAACAGGGUGUAAAACUGGUAACUGUGCUACUUAUCCUACCAGUAGCGCAGCAGCUGAUGCUAAUGCCCAGGCCGGAGCUUUUGGUAAACCGAGUUCUGAACCAUCUACAGGAAAAUUACCUCAAUACACAGGUAGUUUCGGUGGGCCUUCGGGCACGUUAAAACCAAAUGAAAAUGUAUAUCACACGCCUACGUCAAGUAUCCCAAGCAGUAGUUGUAAAACUCCAAACUGUGGUUCCACGCCGCCAUUAACGUCUGACAUCCAUGCUGGUUCUCAUGGAAAUGUUAAACCUAGUGAACUUCCUCCUUAUACUGGUGGCUUUGGAGGGGCUUCCGGAUUCCUAAGGCCGAAUGAAUACACUAAACCUAGUGGACACCCCGCUCCUUACGAUACUCAUAAGCCGUUGGCUCCGAAUGACGCAGGAAAACCCGGUGUCGCCUGCACUUCUGGGGCUUGUAACACUCUCGGGAGUCAAGGCUCUGCAGCACAUAACGAUGCACAAGGCCAUAACAGUGUACACGGAGCGCAAGCUACCGCAUCAGCUUCUGACGAUACGAAGUCAAUUCCAUACACUGGAGGGUUUGGUGGACCACCUGGUGUAUUGAAGCCAUAUGAUAAUGGCGAAAUACCUUCACCAAAGGGUAAUGGACAGCAUCCUGGAUCUUCAACCGGUGGAAACUACAACUCUCCUAGUUCUAAUGUUCAUUUACCACAUAAAACAAAUGAUGAUAGUACAAACGGGCCUGCAGGCACUGCAGGACAAAGUGGAGAGCACCCAGCAGGUUCUCAAGCCGGUAGUGCAGCUGGCUCAUAUUCGGGGGCUGCAGCUGGAGCUGCCGCUGGUGGGUUGUAUAAUAAACCCGGUUCAAACUACAACGGAGCAGGAAAUGUGAAGGGUGGCAGUCCCUGUGGAGGUGGCUGUGGUGGUGAUGGACUGCACGGAGGUAAAAGCUUAGCUGGUGCCGCUGCCGCAGCAAAGAGUCAGGCAAGCGCUGGUGCCUACGGAGGUAGCUUUGCCAGUAGCUCAGCAUCUGCACAUGCUUCUGCUGGAGCCUACACUAAAGGAGGAUAUGGAAAACGAUAAAUAACGAUGCCGAUAUGAAAGAAAACGUACCUUGCAUUGUUAUCAAACGAAGACUUAUUUAAUGUUAUAACUACUUGUAGGAACUAUAGUCAAAAGAUAUUGUGAUAUCACCGAAGUAGACACUCUCAGCUUAAUGUCUAAAAUUACUUCUUCUAGUAUAUAAUAUCUUAGUUAGUGCCAUAUUAUAGAUCACUAAUGACCAAGCUCGGUAUUAAUAUCAAUGCCAAGCACAUUAUGUAGCUGUUAAAAUUAGAGUUAAAUAAAGAUAACACCUACCUGCGACCCAAACCAGACGAUUAUUUUUUUAUAAUUAAAACGAUUUAAAUCAAUAUCGCUAUUGUAAAAAGCCAAUAAAAAUGUACAAAACUGAA